GUCGCAGGUUCGAUCCCUGCAUCGUUCAUAACAUUUUGCUUCCUUUUUGUUCGGGUUUGUUUUAUUUUUGCUUCCCUUUUGCUUCUUGCGACUGUUCUCAGGUGGUCGCGGUAGCUAUCCCGUAAUUUUUACGUUACUUCGUGGUUAUUUGGGUAACGGUGGUCGUGACCAUCCGGUCCACCUCUUAUCCGUCCUUGCUUCCUUGGACCUUGGACUUGGACCUUCACAUACCGCAUUGGCCGCGAAGCAGCAGGUGGCAAUGCAAUCGCUGAGGAAGCGCCAACCAGUAUACAGAGAGGUAAACAGAUGAAUCGCCAGCAAUGAUGGAGGCCGAGGCAGUUCUUCACCAGCAAAUUCCCUCGGGGUAUCGCAAUCUGCAACCUCAGGUGUCUCAUGGUCUCCAGCACGGCCAGCCUCACAUGUCUCACCAAAGUCUAGGGCCACAGAAUGGGCUUGAUCUGAGCGGCCUUGAUGAUAACGACGCAGUGUUUCAACAAGACUUGCAGAGUUUGCAGAGUGCCUCGCAUACCCAGGUCUUUCAUUCGCCAAACACGUUUGAUGGUAAUCAUGGACAUCGACAUAUGCACCACCAGCCUUCUGGGAGCCCGCAUACCCCUCAGCAACACCAACCUCACCACCCCUUCCUAACACCGACCCAUCUGCAACACAAUGCAAUUGCGAAAUUGCAGGAAGAUGAAGAUAUCUUUGGGUCUCCCGGCGUCUCGGACCAGAAGAGCAAUGGCCAUUUAAGCACCCGGGUCGUUGCGGACCCUCCGAACAUUGCUGAAUGGCGCAAGAAGCUAUUCGAUGUGGACGAAAUGAUAACCUUGAGUCAAGACCAGUUCGAAACAUACUUUGCGCAUGUCGACAACGUCUACUCUCAUCGCUCGACACAACGAUAUAAACGCAAGCCAUUCGUCUCUCACUAUUGGGAUUGCCGGUUGAAAGGACGCCCGCCGGGCACACCCAAGUCCGAAGAUCCGAAUAAGAAGAAGCGCAAGCGUGUGGCACGCGAGCGCGAUCUAUGCGAUGUCAAGAUCAAGAUCACAGAGUACUUUCCCGGAGCCAUGUUGCGCCCGGACUUUGUCCCUGAUGGAGGUCAGAGCAUUGAUGGAAAUAAUAAUGGAGAAUUCUACUCGCCCAACGCCACUGCAGGGUUAGCCGUUCAAGACUCCCGGCGGCCUUAUGGUAGUUCUGGUGAACAAGGCCACCCGGGAAGCACUGGCGAACGAUUCUACACAAUACAACGGGUCAAUGGUAAUGGCGGGAACGGUAAAGGAGAUGGAAUUGCUGGGCCUCAUAAACACACGCUAGAAGAAAGCGACAGGGUCAAGAAGAACAGCGUCCAACGCUUUCUCAUGAAAAGAGAUAAAGAAGAAAAAAAAUCCAUGAAAUCAACCACCAGGAAGGCCAGCGGUGCAGCUCUCGUGACGACGCGCAGACACUCCAAGGACCAAGAUCUCAAACUUUUUGGAACAUGCAGCAGCCCCUACGUACAGCGAGUCUGGAUCGCCCUAGAAGCCAAAGACAUUCCAUACCAAUAUAUCGAAGUCGACCCCUUGAGGAAACCCGCCGCUCACCUUGAAAUCAACCCCGCCGGCCCUGUUCCCACCCUCCGCCACGGCAACUGGGGAUGCAGUGACUCCACUGUGCUCCUAGAGUAUCUCGACGAUCUCAGCCUCGGCAUCCCCCUGAUGCCAAGCGACCCAUGUUUGCGAGCUACGGCGCGUCUCUGGGCAGAUCACGUAAACCGCGCCGUGGUUCCGGCGUUCUACACGGUGCUACAGUUCAGCCCAGCGGACAAGACGCUCGAGGCGGUAUCGACGCUACAGGAUGAGAUCAACAAGAUGGUUGAGGCAGCGGACGCCGAGGGUCCAUUCUUCCUCGGCGCGACGCUCGGACACGUCGACGUCGUGUUCGCGCCGUGGAUGCUAAGGUGUAGCCGCAUGCUCAAGAAGUUCCGCGGGUGGCCAGAUCCAGAGCCGGGGAGCCGCUGGGAGAGGUGGGUUGGUGCUGUGGAAGGGUGUGAGGCGGUUAGGGCGACGGUCUGUGGAGAGGAUGUGUAUGAGGAUGCGUUUUCGCGUUGGACGCAGGGGAAGGGGACAGAGGUUGAGGAUGGGGGGUAUGGAGUUCCGUGAGGGAGUUGUUGGGUUAGGAGUUUUGUAUGUUGUGGCGCUCAGGACGAUCCGGACAUGUGGAAACGAUUUAUGUGGCGUUUGUGGGAUUGGAGUUUAUCGAGCGGUUCUAUGAUGGGCUGAGUGAGUAUGGUUGGGUUUACGAUACUGUUGGGUAAUAUUAUUAUACGGCAAAGGACUAUAUGAAUGCAAAUGUUUGGUC